AAAAUUAUGAACUUGGCCAGUCGGGUGUCCGGCUUCUUGACGAUGACGUCACGCUACAGUAGUCUGGCAACCCUCAAGCCAACAGUAGCCGCCGCACUUGCACCAAAUUUUCAACGAAGUUUCUCCGAUCAGAAGCCAACUUCUACGGCUCCAUCGACAAGUACACUGCUGAAAGUUGACUGGUUACUUCAGAAAAUUACUCCGCUAGUUCUCAAAUCAAACGUUCGAGAUUUUAUGGACAUUUGCAAGGACGACGUUCAAUUCGACGAUCGCAUUUUUUCGAAAAAGUUGGGUGGCCGGACACAGCUGAUGUCACAUAUCGCGAAAGUUCGCAUGUACUAUCGAUAUUUGUCGCCGUUUAAUAAAGUUGAGUGGAUCGGCUCGUGCGUGUACGAAAACGAAGACGUUAUCGUUGUAAUGUGGCGCCUCACAACACUCGACUCGAGCUUCAUGUCCUAUUUCCCGUCGUUUAUCACCAAAAAAGAGAACAAAAUGAUUGUAAAGGAAGGCGCGUUGGAUGUUCAAAUCGAUCGAGAAGGACACGUGUUGAGAAUUGUUAAUCGACCGGUACUCUUAUUCUUUAAAUAAGAGGAAAAAGCUCUAUAAUUCUCUCGAUUUUUGUAGAUCACUGCAUCGGAUCGAGAAGGCGCGAAAUCGCUGGCGAAGAUGAAAGAAGAGCAACAUCAGGAAUACGUCCAGGCUGAGGAAAAGGAAAUGCGGAAGGAGUUUGAUCGACAAUAUCAUAGUUAAAUUAAAUGAAUUUUUUAGGAUUUAGGCGAUUACUGAUUUUCUGUUUUUUUGUUGUUCUGUUCGUUUUUUAGAAAUUUUUAACGUAAUAAACAU